AUGACCACUCUGCCCCCAAUACUCAUGACACGUCCAAAGCUUAUAGACUUAGCGAGACAGAAGCUACCAUGCUCCUCAAGACUAAUUCCAAGUGCUCAAUUGAUCAAAGAAAAAGAAGACAUAGAUCAUUAUGUGGAGGUGAAUUUCAAAGGAUUGUCAAAAGAGGAGGUUGCUGCCUACAGGAACUCGUACAAGAAGAACAUCUGCGUGGACAUGCUGCGGGAGGGUUAUCACGAGUCCUUCACUGAGCUCUUUGCUCUGAUGGAGCAGUGGGAGACCCUGAGGGUGGCUGCCAGACGCAGGUCCAUCUUCUGGACGCAGAAGCCCCUGGAGGAUCAGCUAGAUAAACUGGAUUACUUAUACCACCACCUGACCAGGGCCGAGGCCGCCGAGAGGAAAGGACACUUUGAAGAAGUGUAUAAUAACUUGUAUGCUCUGGCCUGUUUCUUCGAUAAUGCUGAAGACAAGUGGGUAAGGAACCACUUCUAUGAACGAUGUUUUCAGAUUGCACAAUUGAUCAAAAUCGACGGCGGGAGGAAAGAGGCCGAGGCGCAUGCGCACAUGGGCCUUCUCUAUGAGGAAGACGGUCAGCUUCUGGAAGCCGCUGAGCAUUAUGAGGCUUUCCAUCAAUUGACGCAGGGGCGGAUAUGGAAGGAUGAGACAGAGCGCUCUCUCAACAUGUGGGCCUGCGAAAGUCUCCUGAGGACCUACAGAUUACUCUCAGACAAAAUGCUGGAGAAUAAAGAAUACAAACAGGCCAUCAAAAUUCUAAUAAAAGCUUCUGAAAUAGCCAAAGAAGCAAAUAACAAAAAGAUGGAAGGAGAAGCUUUGUAUUACUUGGGCUUAGCACACCUGGCUGCCGAGGAACAGAAUACUGCAAUGACAGUCCUCAAAGCAUACAGCAAAAUCUCUACAGACCUACAAGAUGAUCUCAGCCUGGGCAGAGCCUACGAAGCAAUCGCCAAGGUCCUACAGAGCCAAGGACAGAUGACAGAAGCAAUUCAAUACUUGAAAAAAGUUGUGAACAUUACAAAGAGCAAUUUUCAAAACACAGAUGUUGUGAAAGCGAGUACAAUGCUUGGGGACAUCUAUAACGAAAAAGGACGCUACAAUAAAGCUUCUGAGUACUUUCAGCAAGCUUUUGACACAACGGUAGAACUCAUGAACUUGUCUCUGCUAGACGAAACCAAAGUUCACUAUGGAAUUGCAAAAGCCCAUCAGAUGAUGCUGACAAUGAACAAUUAUAUAGAAUCUGCAGAUCUCACCAGCCUCAACCACCUGCUGACCUGGAAGGAGCGGAGAAGUGACGGUGAUCUUGAACAGGUUGUUGGUAAUAUUGACGCCAUUAGUACAGCACAGGAGUCAUUUGGGGUGAGCAGAAGGAGCACAUCAUUGUGUCUCAGAGGACCUGAAAUUUCAAAAGACACCAAGGUCACUCCUGUCAGCUACAGUUUGGGCAAACUUCUGCCUCUGGAAUACUAA